ACCUGCACACAGCAGGGGGUUGGAACUGGAUGAGCAUUGUGGGCCUUUGCAACCCAGGCCAUUCUUUGAUUCUAUGACUUGAAGCAACAGUUAAAUGACUGAGGAGCAUUUUGGAGAUAGGCGUCGUGAAUAUGGAUUAACUGAAGCUGUUUGUUAUCAAGGCUGCAUUUCAAGCCUUGCUGUCUGUGCUAACAAUAUUCAAGUCUUUCUGGCUUCUCAUGAAUGUGAUGAAGUGAUGAAGGCUUGCUGCCUGCUGUCGCCUGCAAUCCUCACUUUAGUAGAUGGGGACUCAGUGGCUGCUGGCACGCACAUUUGUCACCUGUGGCCACUCCUCUCGCUGUGUUGUGCUCUUUCCUCGCUGCACAAGGAGUUUUGCUAAUUGGAGGCGAGCACUGAAGGGGCCACGUUCAUUGUUCAGUAUCAUGAGUGAGCUCUCUGCCUCAGUGCCCAUUUCAGGCAGCUGCAUGAGGUUCAGCAGCUUUGUCUGCCACCAUCAGACAGAUCUCUAGAUAAUCCAGCAAAUCUCUUUAUUAUGAGGGUGGGAAACAAUGUGCUUUGAUUUACAGAUGUUGCUGCACAAAAAGUGCUUAUGUGGAGUCUCUGAAUGGCAGUAUCUGGGUGUGUUUAGCAUCCUUAAUUUGAGUACAUCCCUGUUCUGAACGCAUCCUGCAUUUCUGCGUGCUCUUCUGGACAGAGCAUUCGUUGGCUUGCAUCUGUAAUGUGGAUGGCCCUUUACAGGCAAGCAGAUGAUGAAUAAUUUUUUAGCAGUGUUUCAAGCCAACUUGAGGGAUUUCUCUGGGUCAAGAGUCCUUGAAUUUAAUGGUAAGAAAUACGAAACAAGCACUUCAUCCCUUCCCUCUUCAACCCUGCCUGUAAAAUUAAGACACACAGUACUGCUCUCUCAUCCUUUCUGUUUUGUUUUUUUUUAUUAACUCCUGUAAACACCUUUGCUUUCUCUCCCUCGCAAAGCUGCAGAAAAACUUGAGACCAUUUUCAAGUGUUGGCUCCUGUAUAUGCAGGCACUUCUCUAUGCUGGCUGUGUGGUCAGCUUGAUCGGUAAAUGAAUGGGUUGAAACCUACUUGCCUGACAGAAAAGCUUAAAUGUAACCGUGCUAUGCUGUGCAGGUACACCACACUUGUACUGGGACCAGGGAAGGAGAGAGAGAAAUGAUGGUGGAGUAGGAAUGCUCCUGUAGGCUCGGCUUGGUUUGAAGAGCUAAUGAACUUAGGGUAUCAGUUUCUUUACUGUUUAAGAUGAGGACAGCGUUUGAAUGGGAGGCAUUUACGUCUUUUGUACAGAUGUAGCUGUCUGUAGCUAAGCUGUUUCUUUUCUUUCCCUGAGGUCUGCUUUAUAGUCAAUGGAGAAAAGCAGCCGUUUGUGCGGGACAAUUCAUCUUGUCCUAAGUAGACAUCUUGAACCAAUCAAGUUUUAUGUGGCCUAGGAGUGCCUGCUUCUUUUGCCAGCUACAGAGAGCCAGAUCAAGCUCGUUCACAUGCAGCAGUAAUUGUUCAUGGCCAACCACAUCUCACUGAAUGAGAAGUGGCAUGCACAAGGCCAGAAUGGGAAGCUGGAGAGGCUGUGUGAGCUCCUCUGAGCUGCAGCUUCCUCCCUUUUGAAAUAACAACGAGGUGAUGUGAUCGCCGGAUCCAGUUGUGCUUUAUGGUGGCAGGUGGGGCUUUGUGAUCCAUUUCUUCCCAUUACAAGGAGAGUCAUGGUACAGUGAUACAGAUUGCUGUGAAGAAGUUGAAGGGUUUUUUCCCCUACUCUCCUGAUCCUGGAAAGAUGGACCAGUUUGGAAUGAUCCAGCUGGAUGGGGAGAUGUCUUUGUUGCAAGCUUGGAAAGAGACUUGUACUGUCACAAGGAGGAAGGGGACAACAUGAAGGGCUUCUCCCAGUGAUUUUUGUAUCUCUGGUCAGAUGUUACUGGAGGAAAUCGCACUGCGAAUGUUUUAACUCUCUAACUUGAGCUGAGACCAUACAAAGCAAACCCUCGGAGCCUGCAAGGGGGGUUUUGUGUAGGAAUCAAGCUUAUUGUCAGCUGUGGUGUUCAGACCCUUGGGAAAUCGUGACCAUUGUCUGGGCUAUUAUUGCUUAAUAAAAGCUUUGCAUUUCCUCAUUCAGACUCUCAGAAAUCUGGUUCUCUGCUUUCAAAAAUAACUCCGCGUGAGCUGCAAUUGGGAGCAUUCAGAGGAAAUUCUUCAGCCAUUUAAAACAAAGUGAAGGGAGGGGAAAGAAGCCUUCCUUGAAGUGCUUUUACUUGUCAGCAGAGAGUGAUUGUGUCUGAGUCGUGCUUCUGCUCCCUGGAGGAAACGCAUCGGGGCGAGAGCUUGCUUCUGUCCUGCCAAAGGAUCCAGGUGAAUGAGUGGACAGCUGGCUACAGAGGAGAGACAGAUUGUUUGAUCACCUUUUCCAUGCUGGUGAAAAAGGGAUUUGGCAAUAGGAACUGUCUGUUUGAGUCAGAGGAGAGAAGCAAAGAAGCCACUAACACAGCGCCCUGACUUUCACAGUUCAUCAGGAGGGAAACCUGCAUGACAGUGGAACAGCAGAGCAUCAGCCACACAGCAGCGAUGAGCCUGGCGCUGGUACGAGUCUCUUCUGGCUCGUUCUCCACAAUGGCUGGUGCCCCUGCACAUUCACUGGAUGAUGAUAAUGCAGGAUGUCGAGAGCAGCGGUAGAGUUUGCCUUGAUCCCAUCGUGCUUUUCCUCUGCUGGUGGAGUCUUUGAGUCGCCAUGAGAACGCUGUGACACUUCCAGCAGGUUACCUGCAGACCACGGGUGGGCAGAGCGUGGGCAAGGUCAAGUCCAACCGAGGAGCCAUCGUCACAACAAGAUGAAAUUCCCGUUCUAUUGGCUUCUCAUUAAGCAGGCACAGUAACGUUUCUUUGUAGAGACUUGCUAUACAAACUCUUUUGGUUAUGGCUACUGAUCCAACGUGACUGGGCAUGCGGUGACUGCUGAACUCAUGACUGGAUAUACGAUGUUGCGGAAUGGGGGAGUGGGGAACGGAGGCCAGCCGUGGUUGUUGAGGUGGUCCAGUCGGAUCCGGCUCACCUGGCUGAGUUUCAUCCUCUUUGUCAUCCUUGUCUUUUUUCCCCUUAUCGGGCACUACUACCUGACGACCAUCGAUGACGCAGAUGAUGCCGGCAAGCGCAUCUUUGGCCCUCGGACUGGCAAUGAGCUGUGUGAGGUGAAGCACGUGCAGGACCUGUGCCGCAUCCGCGAGUCGGUCAGCGAGGAGCUGCUGCAGCUGGAGGCCAAGCGGCAAGAGCUCAACAGUGAGAUUGCCAAGCUCAACUUGAAGAUUGAGGCUUGCAAAAAGAGCAUCGAGAAUGCCAAGCAGGACCUGCUGCAGCUGAAGAACGUCAUCAGCCAGACUGAGCAUUCCUACAAAGAACUGAUGGCUCAGAACCAGCCAAAGCUCUCCUUGCCAAUCCGGCUGCUGCCAGACAAAGACGAUGCGACCUUUCCCCUGCCAAAAUCCAAUCGGAACUGCAGGCUGCACAAUUGUUUUGACUACUCGCGAUGCCCGCUGACAUCUGGCUUUCCAGUCUAUGUCUACAACAGUGACGAUUACCCUUUUGGUAGUUCCUUAGACCCUUUAAUUAAACAAGCCUUUGAGGCGACUGUCAGAACUAAUGUUUAUGUAACUGAGAAUGCAAAUAUUGCUUGUGUGUAUAUAAUUUUAGUGGGGGAAAUGCAAGAGCCCGUAAUGCCAAAACCUACUGAACUAGAGCAACAGUUGCACUCUUUGCCAUAUUGGAGGACUGAUGGACAUAACCAUCUCAUCAUCAAUUUGUCCAGGAAAUCAGAAACUCAGAACUUUCUUUACAACAUCAGCACGGGGCGUGCCAUGCUUGCCCAGUCUACGUUUUAUGAUGUGCAGUAUCGACCGGGCUUUGAUAUUGUAGUGUCACCUCUGGUCCAUGCUAUGUCUGAACCUAACUUCCUAGAGAUCCCACCCCAGGUGCCAGUCAAGCGUAAAUACCUGUUUAGUUUCCAGGGGGAGAAGAUCGAGUCUCUCAGAUCUAGCUUGCAAGAAGUUCGCUCUUUCGAAGAGGAGAUAGAAGGCAACGCCCCGGCUGACUACGAUGAUCGCAUUAUCACCACCUUGAAGGCUGUUCAGGACAGCAAGCUGGACUUUGUUUUGGUGGAGUUCACGUGUAAGAACCAGCCUAAGGCGAGUCUGCCCACUGAGUGGGCUCUGUGUGGAGAAAGGGACGACAGACUAGAGCUACUGAAGCUAUCUACUUUUGCACUGAUAAUCACCCCCGGGGACACCCGGUUAGUGAUCUCCGCUGGGUGUGCCAUGAGACUGUUUGAGGCUCUGGAAGUCGGAGCCAUCCCGGUGGUUCUUGGAGAGCAAGUCCAGCUACCCUACAACGACGUGAUCCGGUGGAACGAGGCAGCCUUAAUCAUACCAAAGCCACGUAUCACAGAAGUGCACUUUCUUCUGAGAAGCAUUUCUGACAACGAUCUGCUUGCCAUGAGGAGGCAGGGCCGCUUCUUGUGGGAGACUUACUUCUCCACCUCUGAUAACGUGUUCAGCACAGUCUUAGCUAUCAUAAGGACUCGAAUCCAAAUCCCAGCUGCUCCUAUCCGAGAAGAAACUGCAGUGGAGAUUCCCCACCGAUCUGGCAAAGCUGCUGGUACAGACCCCAACAUGGCAGACAACGGUGACCUGGACUUAGGGCCUGUGGAAACAGAACCACCCUAUGCAUCUCCCAAAUAUCUCCGCAACUUCACCCUCACUGCAAUGGACAUCUACAGGAAUUGGAAUUCCGCUCCGGGGCCUUUUCACCUCUUUCCCUAUACUCCCUUUGACCCUGUUUUGCCAUCGGAAGCAAAGUUUUUAGGGUCUGGGACUGGAUUUCGACCAAUAGGUGGAGGAGCAGGCGGCUCUGGGAAGGAGUUCCAGGCUGCUUUGGGUGGCAACGUCCCCCGGGAGCAGUUCACAGUGGUGAUGCUAACUUACGAGCGGGAGGAAGUUUUGAUGAACUCCCUAGAAAGGCUCAAUGGUCUCCCGUACUUAAAUAAAGUUGUGGUAGUGUGGAACUCUCCCAAGCUUCCCUCUGAGGAUCUCUUGUGGCCAGACAUUGGUGUUCCAAUCAUGGUUGUCCGCACAGAGAAGAACAGCCUGAACAACCGCUUCCUGCCCUGGGAUGAGAUCGAGACAGAAGCCAUCCUGUCCAUCGACGACGACGCUCACCUUCGCCACGACGAGAUCAUGUUUGGGUUCCGGGUCUGGAGGGAGGCGAGGGACCGCAUCGUUGGCUUCCCGGGGCGCUACCACGCGUGGGACAUCCCCCAUCAGUCCUGGCUCUACAACUCCAACUACUCUUGUGAGCUCUCGAUGGUGCUCACUGGUGCUGCCUUCUUCCAUAAGUACUACGCCUACCUGUACUCCUACGUGAUGCCGCAGGCCAUCCGCGACAUGGUGGAUGAGUACAUCAACUGCGAGGACAUCGCCAUGAACUUCCUGGUGUCACACCUCACAAGGAAACCUCCCAUCAAGGUGACCUCCCGCUGGACUUUCCGCUGCCCUGGCUGCCCCCAGGCGCUUUCACACGAUGACUCUCACUUCCACGAGCGGCACAAGUGCAUCAAUUUCUUUGUCAAGGUGUAUGGGUACAUGCCUCUGCUCUACACCCAGUUCCGCGUGGACUCGGUCCUCUUCAAGACCCGCCUGCCCCAUGACAAGACGAAAUGCUUCAAAUUCAUCUGAAAGCAGGAGGAAGCAGGGCACCCCAGCUUCCGAACUCCAUCUGGAGGUGGGGGGCAGAGGGGGGCUCUUCAGCUGGGCUUCGAUGCUUGACGCCUCCUGCCACGGACUCCGGUCUCCUCCCACGGAGCACGAGGGACGUCGGGGACCUGGCGGUUCUGUCAGGAUGCUCCCUGCGAUCGUACACUGAGGAAUGGUGCGCUGGCUAGUGGAUCUGCCCCUUUCCUGGCCGAGGGCGACCAUUCUUUUUAAUUAUAAUUAUUGUUAUUUAAAAUGAAAGUGUUUUAGAUUUGCCGCGUGAGGCUUUUUUUUUUUCCCUACCCACCCCGUUUUCCCCUCUUGACCCACCACAGCGAGGCCAGCUUGGAGGAGCUGGGCUGCAGAGGUUUCUCCCAGCAUCGAGGCAGCUCUGCUGACCGUGCCGGCCCCAUCCCUUCCCUGCCCCUCUCACACACCAUCGGCCUCACAGCCGCAACUGAGGGCUCCAGCUUUCGUCCAUCCGGGAGCACUUUGCUGCAGGGCUGACCACGCAGGGCCCACCCAAGAGGGGUGAGUGAGGAAGAAGUUGGUCCCAGUGGGUCUUUGCCCAGCUCCCAGCAGCAGGCCCUGUGCCGCAGUCACUGUGGUCUUAUUCCUGGUGCCCUGUGCUGCAGCCAUAGGGAAACCAAGCUGCCCCGUGUGCUCCUAGCUGGCCUGCUGGUGUUGCUGGGAUGGAAGGUGAGGUAUCGGUCCUUUCGAGAUCAUGUAAUGCUUCAGAGGGUGGGGAAAAGAGAUGGGCGUCCUCCUUUGUGCCAGCCAAGCAGCGCCAAAGCGAAGCGCCAGCGAUUGCUGGGAUCCGACACUGCCUCGUCCCCAUCGCAAAGCCACACGCGUGCCCAGGGUGGAUUUACCUGCCUUAAACCCUCAUCCUGCCUGCACACACGUGUGGCUCUGGGCUGCGUUUGAAGGCUAAUCCCACAAAGACCUUCCAUUCAAGUGGGCUGGGGGACGUAACUGCGAUGGUGGUCAUGGAGCCGGGUUUGGAGCUGGUUCCUCCCCUACCCAGCAGGUGCCGUCAGCUCGACGCACUGCUCUGCUUGGCCGUGGUCCCAUGGGAGGAGGAAGGACAAGGCUGCUCUCCUGCACGUACCUUCAGCAGCACCACAGAGCGCAGGGAAACGAGGAGUGACGUCUGGUUCUCCCUUUGUGUACUGUUUCUCUUUUUUGUUUUUACAUCAGGCGCUGGAAACAGAGUGUGAAGGUUCAGUCUCUUUAAAUAGAGGAGCAUUAAAUGGAGCAUGGGCGGCAGCCAGGGUGGGGGCAGCUGUGGAUUGCACUUUAUAUAAAUAGAGAUACACACUUCCCAUCAGCUUAUUUUCAGAAGUCUUAGGGGGAAAUGUCCUUAUUUUGGUGAGACUGUAAUAUAGGGAGCUCAGAAGAUGCGGAUGUACCGUGAAGUGUUUGUGUUGCCAUUUGCAUUGCAAGGUCUGGUUGCUGAGCCUCUGUGCAUGGCAGCUGUCAGACACCCACCUCCUGAACCCCAAAACCUAAACCCGCGUCGGCCCUCAGUCCCAAGGCUGGGUGGGCUCUUCCUUUCCAUCAUGGCUUCUCAUUCACAGGCCAGUAGAAACAGUGGUGGAAAGUUGCGUUGUUCUUCCAGGCUCUCAGCUCUCUCAUCCCUUGCCCAGCCUGUUGGUUUUUCGGACAUGCCUGGCACCACGGUUGUGAUGGGGUGCCUGCGGGCUGGAGUUGAGUUGCAGGAUGGUUUCCUGUUUGCUGAACCCCAAAGGGAUUUGGGGUGAGGGUGGGUGGGUGCUGCGAUGUGCUGGUGGCAGGAGGGAAGGGGACAUGGGGCCGUGCAGGGCUGUCUCCAUCUCCACCCUCAGUCGUCUGUUGCUAGGAAGAUUGCCCCACUCUGCCCCAACUGACACCAGAACCCUUCCAGAGCACGGAUCUGUGAUUCAUGCCCAACUUUCUGCUCCGGUGGCAUCCUGCAGGCUUCCUUCAUUGUGGGGGAGGAGAGAGGCAUCCCUGAGAACAGCCCUUGCCACUGUCCCCAUCAUCCUGGUGACCAGCAUCUCUGCCGUGGGUUUUGUGAUGGUCCUGGGGCAAUGCUGAAGCUCAGGUCAGGUUGUGGGGUUCAUCCCGGUGAGGGUCCCUUUCCCAAAGGAAGGCCUUUUCCCUUUUUGGAUGUUUCUGCUGCUUCAUCCCAGGACUGGGGCUGCAGCUGGGUGUGGAGUGAGGUUCUCUCCCGUUCACUGUAAAUAGCAUCGCCAGUGGUGCCGCCCUGCCCUGUGCCAACUGCCCCGGGGGCACCGGGUUCAAAGAAAAAUGGAGGCAAAAAGGAACACUCCUUCAACACGAGCACAAUAUUCAUAUGUUGAUUUUUUUUGUAAAAGGAUCCAAUAAAUGGAGAGUUUAACUUGA